AGUGAGGAAUAUCUCUGUAAACGUAAUAUAACUGUAUAUUUGAUUAUCAUUCAAUCUAUAGAGUUUAAAUCCCAAUUGUCGUGUUGGUGGGGAUGUCAUCGGGUAAUUUGUUCAAGGCUACUGUUAAUGAGUAUCUAGAAGGUCUACCUCGAAAUGUUCAAUCCAAAUUAUAUGAAGCUCCUGCUACAUGUCUAUCUAUCUUUCGAUUAUUACCUCCUAUGGCAAAGUUUUAUAUAAUGUCAAUGUUAUUUAAUGAACAGUCCGUGGCGUUACGAGACUUGGAUAGAUGGUGUAAACCAUCAGCUAAGAAACUACAAUACGAAUCACUAAAACGAUUGAAGUCAUUACAUCUCAUUGAAGAUGAUAAAUUGGCAAAUCAUAUACAAUUAAAUAAAACAUUCCGACAAAAUUUUCGUGAUUGUUUAACCGGUUCACAAGAUUCAAAUGCAUUUGGUACUUUAUGUGUUGCAGUGGAUAAACAUAAAGUAGAUAUAGCGUUUUUGGAUACAUUUGCUUCUCUGAAAUGGGAAACAAUCUUGCAUUUCAUGGUGGGGACUGAGUCUACUGCUACUCCAUCAAAAUCAGUUUUAUCAUUGUUAAGACUGGGUGGCUUAAUGGAAGGUCACGCUAGUAGUCUAAAGAUUACCAAUACUGGAUUCCAGUUCUUAUUACAAGAUGUCAAUGUUCAAAUUUGGACUUUAUUAUUACAAUAUUUAAAUUUAACUCAAGAAUUAAAUAUGGAUCCAGUGGAUGUAUUAAAUUUCUUAUUUAUGUUAGGUUCCUUAGAACUAGGUAAGAGUUAUAUGGUAUCAAGUUUAAGUGCUACCCAAGUUAGUAUGUUGGCUGAUUUACGUGAUUAUGGGUUGGUAUAUCAAAGAUCGGAUAGUUCAGGUAGGUUUUAUCCUACAAGACUUGCAACUACUUUAACAUCUGAUUCAGCCGCUCUUAAAACUCCAUCCAUGGCAUUGGAACAAACAUUACAAACUACAGAUGAAAAUGAUAACCCACAACCUACUGAAGCUCCAUCUUCAAGUCAAGGUUCAAUCAUUGUGGAGACCAACUUCAAAAUAUAUUCAUACAGUAAUUCUCCAUUGGAAAUCGCUAUAUUAAAUCUUUUCGUACAUUUAAGAACCAGAUUUGCCAAUAUGGUAUGUGGACAAAUAACGAGAGAAUCUAUUCGUAAAGCAUUAUAUAAUGGAAUUACAGCAGAUCAAAUAAUCAAGUUUUUAGAAACUCAUGCCCAUCCACAAAUGCAAUUGCUUGCUAAGGAGAAAUUAGAUAAAAAGAUAGAAUUCGAUGCUAGUCAUAAUAUUAAUACUGCUGGUGGUGCACCACAAUCUAAAGGGAGUGAUUCAAAUGUUCAACAGCAUAAGUUGGAAAUCUUGCCUCCUAAUAUUGUGGAUCAAAUUAAACUUUGGCAAUUGGAAUUAGAUAGAAUUCAAACUUUCGAUGGAUAUUUAUUCAAAGAUUUCAGUACACAACAAGAAUUUGAAAUAUUAUCAAAUUAUGCAUCAGAAGUCGGGGUUUUAAUUUGGUCUGAUAAAACUAAGAAGAAAUUCUUUAUCACAGAAGGAGGUUUAGAUCAAGUUAAGAACUACGCUAAUAGAAAAUUUAAAUAAAACUCUUAUCACGUUAAUUAGAAAUAUUAUAAUCUCUUUUCUAUGUACAGGU